AUGCGAGCCCCGCGGCUCCUGACGCUCUGCAGCCUGGCUUACCUGCUGCAUGAAGUCACCCUGACAAGACUUCCUCAAGUACAGGAUCCAAAGGUCACUGCCCCCACGAUACCAGAUGAUGACACCGACAACUUCUACACUGCUUACGGCAACCACAAGUGCAAGAAAUGCCCACCAGGCACGUUCGUCUUUCAGCCUUGUGCUAUCCCCAGAACUAGAGGGACUUGCCGGCCCUGUGAAAACAACACCUUUUCCAAGCUGCCGAAUUCCUUCAAUGCCUGCUUUCGUUGCAGAGCCUGCAGGAUUUUAGAUGAGGUAGAAAUCAGAAGGUGUACCGCAACCACAAAUACUGAGUGUGCUUGCAAGAAUGGAAGCUUCUGCUUGCCUGUCCAGCCCUGUGAAGCUUGCAGUAAAUGUACAACAAGCUGUGGUCCUGGAGAAAAGAAGGUGCAGGACUGCACGCCUACAAGUGACAUCAGGUGUCUUCCUGAUACUACCUCAUCACCUCCAACAAGUUCCCCUGCAGUAGGAGAUCAUAGAUGGAUCUGGCUCAUUGUGCUUCCUCUGGGGCUGUCUGUAGUGUUGGGCCUGGUAUGGUGUUGGAAAAAAAACACAAGCUUUAGAAACGCCUGCACAGGUUUCUGGAGCACCACGGUAAGAACUCUUUUCUCCUCUGGAGAUGGGAAAAGUAAUACUGGGAAGGUCAAGGAUGUGCAGAAAGAAGGAACUCUGACUCUAGCUUUUGACAGCUUCAUCAACAAGGUGCCUUCAAAAGACUGGAACAGAUUCAUGAGACUCCUCAAGUUGACCGAUAACGAAAUUGACUCUGCCGCAAAUGCUUCACAAUAUGUGAAUGAGCAGCAUUAUCAAAUGCUACGGACCUGGCUGGACAAGAAGGGGCAGGCAGCCACCUUGAAUGUUCUUCUGGAGGUGCUCAAUGGCAUGGAUUUAAAGGGCAUUGCGGAAGAAGUUACAAAAGGUCUCGUUGCUCAACGUUUGUAUGUCUAUGAAGAAUAAGUUCUUAGCCAGGUGGGCCCUUCUUGAAUCCAGUGUUUGUCCACCUGGCAAAGUAAGAAGGAAAAGAGGUUUGAGUUACCAGCUUCUUCUCACCAAGCCAUAGGUUGUUUACAUUUUAAAAUAGCCCAGACUAGCACAAGGCCUUCUACGCACUGCCUGUCCAAAAGGGUUUUUAUGUGGGCAGCUAGGGCUGUGCUGUACAUUAGACUCGAAAUCAAAAGAUGCUUUCAGAGUAGGUGUGGAUUAUGCCAGACACAACUGUUGCCAUGUCCUUACAGAAACAGUGUCCUUUUGCGGACUUUGUCAAGUCAUCAUUCGGAAAAUACACCCUUAAGUUAAGGAGGUGUCAACAGCCCGUCAUGUCUGGCUCAAAGCAGUUGGCGGCACCCUGUGUCGCUUCCUUUCU